AUGACAUCGCAAAUUCUACUUCGGAAUGCAACCAUCCUUGUCCCCUCAGGUCAACCAAACGACUAUGUUAAGCCACUGCGUGGCCAUUCAUUGUUGAUCGAGGGUAAACGAAUCUCCAAAAUUGCGACCACCAUCGACCCGCCUACCGGGGCUCAAAUAUUCGAUUGUACUGGAAAAAUAAUAGCGCCUGGAUUCAUUGACACGCACCAUCAUGUGUGGCAGACGCAGCUCAAGGGUCGCCAUGCUGAUCAAACCUUACUAGAAUACCUUCCCACUGGAAAUAUGCAAAGCGCCAACUACAUCCCGGAAGAUGUAUUUUGGGGUGAACUAGGAGGCUGUCUGGAGGCUUUGGAUGCAGGAACAACGACCUUAGUUGACCAUGCCCAUGUCAACAUUUCAUCGGCCCAUACCACAAACGCGAUCGAGGCUACGGUUUCAUCGGGGAUCCGAUCAGUAUUUUGCUAUGCGCCAACCGCCAAGACCCAGGACUGGACGCCCGAGAUAACCAUCGAGGGAGGGCUGCUGGAGGAUUGGGUCAUAGAGCAGUUCGAAAGCCUUGGUACUGCCGCGCCUUUUGGAGACGGUAGAGUUCAAAUGGGGUUCGCUUUUGAUGGGUUUAUGUUGCCACGAGAUCAGGUGGUUUCUAUUUACAACAAAGCUCGGAAGCUCGGAGUAAAAGUGAUAACGACUCAUUAUGCUGGACUGUACUUUGGCUCGGAUUCGGUGGUCGAUACGCUUGAUAGCUAUGGCCUUUUGGGGCCAGAUAUCCUGCUCUCACAUGCCACCAAUUUGACAGCAAGUGAUAUCAACAAGCUAAAUCAAACAGGGGGGUGGAUAUCGACGACUCCGGAUACUGAGUUACAAAUGGGACACGGAAAUAUUGUCUGCUUCCGGGAAGGUUGUACUGACAUCUGCUCUUUGGGUAUUGACUGCCACAGCAACAAUUCAGGCGAUAUGGUUUCACAGAUGCGCCUAGCGUUACAACAUGAAAGAUCAGGCCGCAGCGAGGAGCUAAUUGCAAAAGGGAAAUUUUUGCGCUCUCUGAAUCUGCAUGUUCAAGAUGUCUUCCGACUAGGAACAAUCCAGGGAGCUCGAGCAAUUCACAUGGAACAGAGCCUGGGCUCACUGACUGUUGGGAAACUUGCGGAUAUCGUCAUAUUCGACGGAGAAAGCCCCGGUAUGGUUUGUGCCUCUGAGCAAGAUCCGGUCGCGGCUAUUGUUCUUCAUUCUUCUGUUAGGGAUGUCGACAUGGUUAUCGUGGAUGGCCAUAUUCGGAAGGCGAAUGGAAGACUUCUUCCGGUACAAAUUGCACCGAGUCUGCCUGAAGUGGAUAUCUUGCCUCAAAGGAUUAACUGGAAUCAAGUUGCGAAGAACUUGAUUGAUAGCCGGAGCAGGAUUGAAGAAGCAAUUUCAAGAGCGAAUGCUACAGAUAAGGAACAACUCGUGGAUUCAUUCUUAAAACUCAUACAUGCGGAUGAAAAUAAAUUCGUCAGUUUGUGA